AUGGAGCCAAAUUAACACAGUAACAAAAAGCGCAAAUUCCCCAUUGAUUAUAUUCAAAAAGAGCAGGUAGGAUAUUCAGCUUAACAGGUAAAAAGACUGAAAUCAAAUACUGGAGAAAUCAUUAAGGGAGUAAGAAAAGUGUCUCAAAGUUUUAGCAGUAAUAGUUUAAGUUACGAUAAAUUAGAUAUUAUUGAUCUUACUGACAGCCAGCAUGAUUAGUUAGAGUCCACAAGCCUUAGAAUCAGUGACAUACCUAAGAACUUCUUUGAUUCCACUCCAAAUUUGAAGCAGAAAUAAGAUCAAGUUGAAGAGCAGAAAAUGGGAGACAAGUCAGUAUAGUAGAAAUGUGAGGAAUGGUUUCCGGAUAUUAUCAUUGAAGAAGAGGACGUCCAAGACGAUGAACAAAGCAGAGUCGAGACUCAAAAUUUCCAUAAUUGUGCCUUUUACGUUGAAUAAUUAACUUAGUCUUCCAAGUUCAAUACCUAGCUAGUUUUGAAUUUAGCACCACCAAUGGAUUACUAUGGGUAACCAAUACUUGAUGGCUUUGUUGAAUGUCCAAUUUCAUUCAGACUUAAUGUACUUGGAAGAUGGAGUCAGCAGCUCUGGGCAGAAAAAGGCGAUUUGAUAAGAGUGAUCGGAAAUUUCUGUCCAGAAAAUAAAUACAGCUUAACUAUAGAUGAUAAUGAAAUGGACUAAGGACCUCAUAAAGCUUCAAUGAUUAUUGUUGAGCCUUACAUUAUGAUACCUUGUACAUCAAUUGUCAAGGCAUUCCCUUGCUCUAGAAAUGCCAUACUUUCUUAUUAGUUCAAGGGUUUGAACACAGAUAUUAACUAUGCUCUCGUUCUUGGAAACACAAUUCAUGGAGUUUUCUAAUCAAUUCUACAGACUAUGGAUUUUAGAUAGGAAACAUUGGCUAAGAUAGCAAAAGAGUGUAUCAAGGAAUAACUUGUCUAUAUGUAUUUCUUAAAGAAGACAGAAGAAGAAGUUUAAAAAGAUGUAUAGAGGGGUGUUAUUAAUAUCACCAAAUGGCUCAGUAUGAUGCUUUAGACCGAUAAAAAUCAAUACGGCAUAAAAUACUGCAGGUUUAUUGCAGCAGAAUAGGAAUUCAACACAGGCACUUAUGGAAUUAAAGGAAACAUAGACUCAACUAUUGUAAUACAAGAUGCUUAAGGCAACAGAAAAUCUACAGCACUUGAGAUAAAAACUGGUAAGAAUAAACUAUAUAGUUAUAGAGGACAAGUAAUCCUUUACUCUUUGCUGAUUUCUGAAAGAUUCAAAAAUUCAAACCCAGAUAAUAUACUUCUGUACAUUAUGGAUGAAAACGUCAGGGAUGGAUUUAUAUACUUGAAAUAAUAGAAAAGCGAGCUUGAUUCAAUAAUCAUUGGUAGAAAUGAACUUGCGAAGUGGUAGAAACGAAAUAAUGUCAACCCUAAAAUACCUAAGUCCCUUUUAGACAAGGAUGACUACAAUGAAGAUGAAUAAGCAAUGCUUUAAAAAUUAGAGUCAGAAGAGAUAAUGAAAUUUCCACCAAUGAUAACUAAAACUUCAGAAUGCAAGAAUUGCUUCGCUAGAAAGGUCUGUUCAUUGACUGCUCUCAGUAUAGAGUAAAAAGUGCCCCGAAAGGCACCCUAAGGGGAAUUUCCCACCUUCAUUGAGUUUGAGAAGACUCUGAGCAGUGAUGUGAAGGAAUAUUUUAACAAAUUUAUUAGAAGCAUUCAGUAUGAAUAAAAUGCUGAGAAUGAUAGAAAUUCUUAAGGUUCUGGAUAACAGUUCCAAAAGAUCACAAAUCUUACAAUGAGAUAGGCAAAGCCGAACCAAAGAGGAGGUACUCUUGUAAUACUAGAAAAAGUUCUAAAUUAAAAGGACAAGAGUUACAAGAGUAUUAGUGAGCAAAGCUAUGUAAACUUGAGUACUGUAAAUAGUAUCACAUUUGGAAAAGGUCUGGUUGUUGCUAGAGAUAUCGACUUUAUCCCCAAGGAUAGGGAAUAGAGAAAGAAAGAGGACAAAGAAAACAGAAAUACCUUAAAUAUUAUAGCCACUGCGAAAAAUUAGAAGCUAGAAGUUAAGCAAGAAGGGCAAUCUCUUGGUGAUUAGAACGUCCAUAAAAUUGAUGAAUAAUGCCUUAAUGAUUUAGAAGAGGGUAGUGAUGAUGAUAAUGAAUAUGAUUAAACUGCAGAUUUAGAAACCAAGAUGCAAGAUAUCGAUAAGUAUUUCUACCAGCUUGAAAUUUACACUAUUGAGUUCUCGCACCUAAUGUCAAACAAUAUAACAAAAUAGGCAUUAGGAGAUAGAGAUCCUUAUACUGAUUUGAAAUGGACCAUAGAAACUGAGCCCUUCUCGUCAUUUAGUUACUAAAUAAUGAGAAGCAAUGUACUAGCACUCUGCACUGAGAACUAAUUUGAUCAUCUAAUGCGAGCUAUAAUUAAACUUGAACCUUAGCUGCCUGCCACUCAGGAAAUGAUUGUAAAGCUAUCUUAGGAGUAUAGGAAUGAACUAGCUAAUUUAUAACUAGAAUAGAAAUUAGCGGUACUUAAGUCUAUUUUAUGUUAAAACUAUCAUUUGAUUUACGGGGUUCCAGGAUCUGGUAAAUCUCUUACCCUGAUGGUGCUGAUUAAGAUUUUAGCUAAAAGAAACAAGAAGGUACUUCUUGUUAAUUUUAGCAAUUAGCAAAUUGAUAAUGUCUUAAUAUAGCUUAGAUAAAAUGGUUUUGAUAAAUUUGUAAGAAUUGCUAACAAUUCUUCAUCAGUUGAUGAAAGGGUGAGGGACAAAGUCAUUUGUCCCAAUAUGUUUGAUAGCAUGUAAUAAAUAUAGAAAUGUAUGAAUGAAAAUUUUGUAUUUGCUAUGACUUGCCUUUAAAUGAACAACCCUCUCAUAUUAUGCAGUAAGUUUGAUUACUGCAUAAUGGAUGAGGCCUCACAAAUUUCAGAGCCAUUGGCUCUUGGUCCUAUUCUAAUGACUGAAAAAUUUGUGAUGUUCGGAGAUUAUUAAUAAUCUAGUCCACCAGUAAAAAGCUUUAUGGGCAAACGCAAAGGGCUAGGGGUUAGUUUAUUUGAAAGAUUAGCAGGAGCAUAACCGAAGUCUUUAUCAACUCUAAAGUUCUAAUAUCGAAUGAAUAAGGAAAUCCAAGACUUAAACAAUAUCUUAGUAUACAAAGAUAUAAUUACUUGCAAUAAACCAGAGAUCAUGUCUUCCCAACUUAAGUUCAAGAAUGCAAAUUAAGAAGAAUUGAAAUCCGAUCAGCAAUAAUUAACAACUUUCAUUAGAGAUAAGUCUAUUCUGUUAAUAUCAACAGACAAACUAUUGGAUAACAUAGAAUAAGAGUAGCUGCUUAAAAUGCGAAACAAGAACUACUUCGAGUCUCUCGUGGUGAAGUAAGUGUGUGAAUACUUACUGAAUAAUCUCGAGGAUGAUAAACAAUAGAUUUGCGUUUAUACUCUAAAUAAUGAGUAGUAAGUACUCAUAAAGAACUUUGCUGGCGAAGAUAAGAAAAUACAGGUUUAGAGUUUAGAUAAACCUACAGGAUUUGAAUGUGAUAUAGCCAUAGUAUCUCUGGUAAGAUACUAAUAAGAUGAAAAGCCUUUAGUUAGGGAUUUCAAAAAGCUUAAUCACGUAUUAUCUCGACCAAAGAAGAAGCUGAUAUUUAUUGGAUCAACGAGAUAUGCAUUCAACAAGUAGCCAAUGACAAAAUUAUUGCAGUACUUACAAGAGAGACAAUCUGUUACAGAAAUUGAUUCUAUUGAUUCGAAUAUUGCUGUUGAGGCGCCUAGAGGAUACUCAGAAUAUAUAAAGAUUGAUAAUCCAAAUAGCAUGAAAAAUAUUUGA